AGUCAUUUAGCUUAAAAAAGAAAUGCAUUUUUUAUAAAAAUUAAUAAUUAAUUUAAUGAGGAAAAAAAAUUAUUAAAAUUAUUUUAAAAAAAUUGUGCGCAGAGAGCAUGCAGAGCCAAGACGUGUGGAAUAUGAACUAAAUAUUUUUUCUCUUUUUUUUUUCUCUUUUUCUCUGUCGUAUCGAAAUGUAUUGAAAAAAAAAGCACAUGGUCCGUCAAUAUAGGUUAAUAAACAGCUUGUUCAAUAUAAAAAAAUAAUCAAAAGUUAGUUAAAUUAUAAACAAUAUAAAAUGAAGGCUAAAAAAUCCAAUAAAAAAUCAAUAACAAUAAAAAAAAGUCGUAAAGAAAUACGUAAAGAUCAACGUAAACAAAAAAAAGUUAGACGUGCUGAAUAUUAUUCAAAAAAAAAUCAACGACCUGGUGCAGUUGUAACAAAUCAAGAUGAUGAUAACAAAAAUAACAAUGAAAAUAUUAAAUUAAAUAAAAAAAAAGCUGAAGUAAGUACAGAAGAUCGUAUUGCUAGAAAGCUAGAAAAUGAAAAAAAACAACAAGAAAGGUUGGCUAAACAAAUGGAAAAAAAACGUAAACAUCAAUUAAUUGAAGACAAUGAAAUGGAAGAUAAAACAAUAAAACGUCUUGAAAAACAAUUAAGAUUAAAUAAACGUAAAAAUAAAAGUACACCAAAAUCAUUUACUGAUGAUGGUUUAGAUUAUUUGUUAGAUUUUUGUGAUCCAGAAAAUCGUAAAAUUGCUAUAGAAACUGAAAAACAUUUAAUGGGUGCUGAUGCUGAAUCUGAUUUUGAGGAAGAUUUUGCUAUGAUGACUGGUGUUGGUAAUGAUAAAGUUGCUAAAGGUAAAGACAAUAAUAAUGAUGCCGAAGAUGAUGAUGAUGAUGAUGAUGAUGUUGAUGGUCUUGAAUCAGAUGAAGACUUGGAAGGAUUAGAAUCUGGUGAAGAUGAAGACUUGGAAGGAUCAGAAUCUGAUGAUGAUCAAGACUUGGAAGGAUUAGAAUCUGAUGAAGAUGACCAAGAUUUAUCAGAACUAAAUGACAGUGAUGACAGUGAACCAUCACCAGCAUCAAAAAAACGUCCAGCCAAGGUAGAAAAUAAAACAUUAUCAAAAAAACAAAAAGUAGAAAAGAAAAAUAAUACAAAUAAACAAAUUAAAUCAGAUGAAAAUGAUGAAAAUGAUUUUAAUAAUGAUGAUGAUGAUGAUGAGGAUGCCUUUGACGAUGACAUGGAAGAUUUUGAUGAAGACAAAGAUGAUAAUGAUGAGUCUGAAUCAACAAAGAAAAAUGAUGAUGGCACAUGGGAAGAUAUUUAUGGUAGAAAACGUGAUAAAGAUGGUAAUGUUAUAACAACAACAACAACAAAUAAAUAUAUACCACCAGCAGCACGUUUAAAAUUACUUGAAAAUACAACAAUUGAAAGUGAAAAAAUAUCUAGACUUAGAAAACAAUUGAAGGGUUUAAUAAAUAGACUUGCUGAAUAUAAUAUACACAGUAUUGCCAAUCAGAUUGAAGAUUUGUACAUGGCAAAUAGUAGAAAUGACAUGAAUGAAUUAUUAGCAAAAUUAAUGAUGGAAUCAAUUGUUGCUCCAGUAAUGACACCUGAUCGUUUAAUUGCUGAACACAUGAUGCUUAUUGCUAUUCUUCAUGCAAAUAUUGGAACAGAAGUUGGUGCACAUUUUUUAUUGACAAUUGUUAAAAAAUUUAAUGAAAUGAUUAAUCAAUAUAAUGAAGUUGAAAAUAAGGAACUUGAUAAUAUUGUACUUAUGAUAUCACAUCUUUAUAAUUUUAAAGUUUAUGGAUCACAGUUAUUAUAUCAAAUACUUGAUAUAUUAGCAUCAAAAUUUAAUGAAAAAGAAAUUGAAAUAAUAUUAUUAAUAUUAAAAACAGUUGGUUUUUUAUUGAGAAAAGAUGAUCCAAUUUUAUUAAAAGAACUUAUUAUUAAUCUUCAACAAAAAGCAUCAUCAUCGAAAUCAACAAAUACAAGAAUACAAUUUAUGCUUGAAAUAUUAAUGGCUAUUAAAAAUAAUAAUAUGAGUAAAAUAGCACAAUAUGAUCCAUCACAUAUUGAACAUUUAAAAAAAAUGUUAAAAACAAUUUUGAGAAAAGGUAAUACAGUUACACAAUUUAAUAUAUCAUUAAAUGAUUUAUUAAAUGUUGAUGAAAGAGGUAAAUGGUGGAUUGUCGGUUCAGCAUGGACUGGUAAAAUUGAUAAUUUAAAAAUAGAUAAUAAAAGUACAAACAAUAAAGAUACAAUGUUUAGUCAAAAAAUACUUGAUCUUGCUGAUAAACAAAGAAUGAAAGGUGUUAAAAAAGAUAUAUUUUGUAUAUUAAUGACUGCUGAAGAUUAUAUGGAUGCAUUUGAAAAACUUCAUUCAUUACAAGCUAAAGAUGUUAUACCAGUUAUUAUCAAUUGUUGUUUACAAGAAAAGAAAUUUAAUUUAUAUUAUGCAUUAUUAUCACAAAAAUUAUGUGAUUAUGAUAAAAAAAAUGCACGAGUAUUUGGACUUCAAUUAAGAGAUGGUAUUAAAAAUAAACUUGAAAUACUUGGUGAAUAUAAAAAUAUACAAAUUCAUAAUUUAGCUGAAUUUUGUGCAAAUUUAAUUAUUGGAAAAGCAAUAACAUUAAUAAUAUUAAAAGAUAUUGAAUUUACUGAACUUGAUAAACCAACAAUGCGUUUUCUUAGACAAUUAAUGAUUGGUAUAUUACUUAAUGAUAAUACUGAGUCAUGUGUUGAAGCAUUUGAAAAAAUAUCAAAAUCACCAAAUUUAAAACCAUUAAGAGAUGGAUUGAGAUUUUUUAUAAGUUGUUUUGUUGUUAAAAAUAUUGAUUCUAAAAAUUUACCAGAAAAUCAUGUACGUAAAUUAAAAGAACGUGCUGAUAUUGUUGAAAAAAUAUUGCUAACUCGUUCUGGAAGAAUUGCUUUUUAAUGAUUUAAUAAAAUGUAAAAAUAUUUUUAGCUACUCAAAUUUUACAUCAAGUUUUAUAUUCAUGUAAAUAUAAUUAUAAUGACAAAAUAUUAUUGUUUGAUAAUUCAUGAUUAUAGGACUUUAAAUUUUCAUUAAUUAAUUAAUUUAAUUACAUAACGUUUUACUGCAAUCAUGUAAAAUUGUUCAAUAAAUUUUGUAAUAUUAAAAUGA